UGCUUACUGUAGCCCUUGCUUGUGGCUGUAGAGGGAGGUGUUUCCUUUUCUGAAGAGCUUCCCUUCUAAAGCCCUAAAUGGCGACGCGGUCUGACAGGAAUGAGGAAUAACUGAAACUUAUUGGAGAGUCACUUCACCGCUGGAGGCUACCCAAAUCUUCUUUCCUUUAUCCACCACCCACACUGUGUACAGCCUCUCCUACCCUCACACCUCAGGUGAAGGUGAAAUCAGAGAAUGAUCAGCAACUUGCUCGUGUUGCCAAUUUCAUCAUGAAUUUUAAGACUACAGAUAAUCUGACUCUACUUGGAUUAUCUAAGCCUUAAAUAUUAACCACCAGAGGAUUUGCUCUAUUUAUCCAUCUUGAGACAUGGCACAAUCAUUUAAUCUUUUUCAACAAGAUCCUACUGUGACAUCCUCUCCUACUGAAGUUCGUGUGUGGAUAGAAGAAUUGAAUUAUAAUUUUCUGAUAUAUGGAGAACACUUUGAAAGAGCAAAAAUCAAUGGGGAGAAGCUACUUAACAUUACUCGGCAAAAACUUAAUGAACUUGGCAUAAUACAGACUGACCACCAGGACAUCAUAUUAAAAGCGGUUGCUAAUAUUAAUAAAAAGAAUAAAGUUGAAAGGCAAGAUAUGCCAGGAGAAGAUCAGAAUGACAAAAAGAUGCCUACAAGAUUCAAAAAACAGAGUGAACAUCUUAAGCAUGCUAUUGAUUGUGUUCUUGUCAUGAUAUCGGAAAGAAGAAGGGCCCGUAUUCUACAUGGCAUUAAUGAACAAUCACCUCAUAACAUUCUAACAGCUACUCUUGAACUGAUAAAUGUGGUCAAGAUGAUACUAAACAUUCUGGAAAGGCCUCCAUUUGAUUGUAUGUCAGAAUUUUCCAGUUUGAAAAGCCAACUAAUUAAAUGCAUCACAUUACUGAAGCAUUUCUCUGAGCAGUCUUACCUCAGCCAGGAAAUGGAAUCAGAUAUGAUAGAUGUGUGCAAGAGUGUGAAUAAAAUCUGUCACUACAUAUUUGCUCUGCCACCUCAUCUUACAAGAAUGGAAACACAAAUUCUAGCAUUCCUUACCCCUGAAAAUAAAGUAUCUAGGAUGCAAGUGCCAAUAACUACAACUAAUUCAUCAAGUGAACUUAUAUUCUCACUUCAAGAUGUGUCCCUUCCAAUUGAAAUAGUACCAGAAAAAUUUGAAUAUUUUUCCCCAGAAAGGCUCCACACUCCAAGUAAUGAAGGAGCAAUUGUGAUGUUACAUGAUGAAGGAAGCAAGUCUGAAACAGAAGCUUCUGAUACAAAAAUUUCUGAAAUUUCAACGGGUUCUUUGGACUAUAAAAGUCUCCAAGACCUAAAAAUAAUUGAAAGUGACACCCCCUUGCUGGAAUCUGGCUCUGAAAGAUGUGUGAUUGAUUCUGACUCUGAUAGAGGCAUUGGUUUGGACUCUGACUUAGAACAGCACUCAAAAGACUCUGAUUCAAUAAUAUGGGGAAUGGACUCAGACUCAGAAAAAUGUCUCAUGGACUCAAACUCUGUGAAACAUCUGCAAGAAGCAGAAAAAUACCAGGUGGCUUCAAGUUCUAUGAAAGACCUGAUGGAGUCAGAGCAACAGCUAGUGGGAGUUGAACAAUGCCAGAUGGACUCUGACUCUUUGAAACACUGGAUGGACUCAGAUUCAGAAAAAUGUUUGGCAGACUCUGACUCUGAAAAAUAUGGGUUGAACUCAGACAGUGAAAGACCUGAGAUGGAUUCAGACUCAGAAAAAUUCCCUAUGGCUUCUGCAUCUGUGAAACACCCGCUAAAGGCAGAAAAAUGCCAAAUAGCUUCAGAUUCUGUAAAAAGCCUGAUGGAAUCUCCGAAAAUGUUGAUGGAGACCAAACAACACUGGAUGCUCUCUGCUUCUGAGAGGUAUGUGAUAGACUCAGACAUGGAUAGAGAUGAAAUGGACUCAGCUUCUGCAUCGUCAGUAUGUCUGAUGGGGGAAGAAAAACACCAGGAAAAGAUAAGCUCUAAGAGAUAUAUAAUGGAAUCUGAUUCAGAACCAUGUGAGAUGGACUCAGACUCAGAAAGAUAUGCGCUAGCCUCAACAGCUGUGAAAUGUGUCAUGGAUGCUAAAACAUUCCAGUUCAGCACUGAUACUGAGGGAUGCAGGAUGGAUUCUUGGUCUGAAAGACAUGCAAAUGACUUAGAUUCUGAAAACCCAGAGAUGGUCUCUGAUUCAGUGAAACACACAAUUAAGGCUGAAAAUUGCCAGAGGGCCUCUGACUUGGAAAGUUUAUGGAUGGGCCUCAGGUUUGAAUCUAAAAGAUGCUGGACUGACUCUGAAAGACAAAAAUUGAACUUUGACUAUGGUAGAUGUUGGGAUAGCUCUGGAAGAUACCAAUUUAGGUCCGAAAGAAUUCAGCAUAGCUCUGGAAAAUGUAGGGAUGACCCUCAAAAACAUUGGGAUAGCUUUGAAAGACAUCAAAUAGACCCCAAUUCUGCAAAAUAUCUAGCAGAUUCUGAAAAUAAAAGACAUAAAAAUGAGUUUGAAAGUGAAAGACUCAUGAUGGAUAUGGCGAAGGAACAGUGUCUGAUAUUUGAAAAUAAGAGACUUCAAACAGAUGAAGACAAGAAAAGGUAUCUCAUAACAUCUGACAGUGAACAAGAGCACAAGAUCGUAUUUCACAAUGAAAGACACCCCGUUUACUCAGAAAAUGAAGCACAAAGGCUUGGUGCUCGCAAGAAGGAUAAUCGUCCUCAGGGUUUUUGGAGGCCUGUUUUCUUGUCAUCUCCAUUUAGCCAAAGAAAGAGAACUGAAGAACAAAAGUGUACAACAAAUUGAUAACAGAGCAGUUUCCAGAAUUCACUUUGUAAGAUAUCUGAGUGAUGACAAGAUUGUGAGAUUUAAAGAAGUGUCUCCAACUCUCAUUGGCAAUCAAAAGUCACAGCAAAAGCUAAAGGAAGAGCACAGCCAGAGCCUUUCACACCCAAACACAUUCACAGAUAACAAGUAUCACAGAAACAGAAGGCACAAAAUUUCUGUCUGUAAAAGUUGUUGCAAGGACUAUCAAUUCCCACAAAAUUUUCAGAGUUCCCAGUCUCAAAUGAAUCCUCUUAAUCUUCUAAAUGGUGAGGAUUAUACCUCCAAAGUCUCAGCACUUCUCUGCCACCCUAUGUCCAUGAGCCCUCAGUAUGCUGUACACCCCAAGACUCACAGAAAUAACACAUAUUCUUUAGACACUGGGACUCCUGUAUGUUCCAAAUGUUUCAUGGAAAUCUGUAAUUCUCCUUUUCAUAAAUGUCUUGUAAACUCUGAUGAUGAUUCAGACCCUGAUUCUUCUUUACA